AUGCUAUCUUCGACCGAAAACACGGACGAGGGGUCGAUUCGACGAGUGGCAGUAAUAGGCUACGGCAAGAUUGGUGCUAGUUUUGCAGCCCUAUUCGCGGCGAAUGGUUUACAGACCACUGUCUAUGAUCCAAGACCUGAAGCAGAAAGUCUGCUAUGGGAUACCAUAGAACGAACAUCAAACACAAUCGCGGCAAUACAAGACAAAGGGUGCCCCACAUCCACAUAUACUGUUAAAUUCACGACCGACCUCACAACUGCACUGGAGGGACCCGAUCUGGUCCAGGAGAACAGCCCUGAACAGCUACAUGUCAAGCACCCACUUCUGCAAAAGAUAGACGAAAUCGCUAAACCAUCCGCGCUCAUCUGCUCUUCAACAUCUGGAGGCGAGAAGACGUCAGCGGCGGCGGUAAGCACGGCCAUGGCGUUUUAUACACGAAUUGGGAAGAAGCCAAUUCAUAUACAAAAGGAAGUCGAGGGUCAUGUCGCGAAUAGACUCCAAUCCGCCUUAGCAAGGGAGAUUAUGUAUCUCCUACAGGAAGCAGUGGUUUCGGUGGCAGAUAUUGACGUGGCAAUGGAGUUCGGACCGGGUUUGCGAUGGUCCGCUAUGGGGCCAUCAAUGCUGUGGCAUCUAGGUGGCGGUCAGGGAGGCAUUGGCCAUUACGCAGAGCAUCUUUUUGAACCUUUGAUGAGGUGGUAUGCUCCUGCUGACCCGGUGAUUGAUAAACAGCCGACUGAGAGGUGGGUUAAUGGUACUAAAGACAUGGUUGGAACUCGACGGUUUGAAGACCUCAGCGAGGCGAGAGAUGACAUGAUUGUAAAGAUCUUGCAGGUGAAGCUCCAGAAUUGA